GUCUAGCUCAAGCAACCCCUGAGCUGCCAGCCCUUCCCUUGACGGUAGCCAUCUUUUUCUACUAUCUACAGUCAUCAUGUCCUUCGCCAACCCCACGCAGAUCUUCGCCGACGAUGUGAUCGAGGAGAAAGGAGAAAAUGCUCGUCUUUCCGCCUUCGUCGGUGCUAUCGCCGUCGGUGAUCUUGUGAAGAGUACUCUGGGUCCCAAGGGAAUGGACAAGAUCCUCCAGUCAGCGUCGACCGGCGAUAUCCUUGUCACGAACGACGGUGCCACGAUUCUGAAGUCGAUUGCCCUUGACAACGCCGCAGCCAAGGUCCUCGUUAACAUCUCGAAAGUUCAAGACGACGAGGUCGGUGACGGUACGACAUCUGUGACGGUGUUGGCGGCCGAGCUGCUGCGGGAAGCCGAGAAGCUGGUCAACCGCAAGAUCCACCCUCAGACUAUCAUCGAAGGUUACCGGAUAGCCAGCAAGGCUGCCUUGGAGGCUUUGGAGAAGGCCGCCGUUGAUCGUAGCACGGAUAAGGAACUGUUCCGCAAAGACCUCCACUCAAUCGCUCGCACAACCCUCAGCUCCAAGGUUUUGGCCCAAGACCGUGAGCACUUCGCUACCCUCGCCUGCGAUGCUGUUCUCCGCCUCCGCGGCUCGACCGACCUGAGCCACAUCCAGAUCAUCAAGAAGGCCGGUGGCAAGCUCAGCGACUCGUACCUCGAUGAAGGUUUCAUUCUCGACAAGAAGAUCGGUGUGAACCAGCCCAAGCGCCUGGAGAACGCCAAGAUUCUGGUCGCCAACACGGCUAUGGACACGGACAAGGUCAAGAUCUUCGGCGCCCGGGUGAAGGUCGAAUCGACGGGCAAGCUGGCUGAGCUGGAGAAGGCCGAGCGCGAGAAGAUGAAGGCUAAGGUUGAGCGGAUCAAGGCUCACGGCAUCAACUGCUUUGUCAACCGCCAGCUUAUCUACAACUGGCCCGAGCAGCUGUUCACGGAAGCCGGUAUCAUGUCGAUUGAGCAUGCCGACUUCGACGGCGUUGAGCGCUUGGCCCUGGUUACCGGCGGUGAGAUCGCCUCGACUUUCGACCACCCCGAUCAAGUGAAGCUGGGUCACUGCGAUGUUAUUGAGGAGGUCAUCAUCGGCGAGGAUACUCUUAUCAAGUUCUCGGGCGUGGCUGCCGGUCAGGCAUGCACCAUUGUGCUCCGUGGUGCCACGGAGCAGCUCCUCGACGAGGCUGAGCGCUCCCUUCACGACGCUUUGGCUGUCCUUUCCCAGACCGUCAAGGAUCCCCGUGUGACUCUUGGCGGUGGAUGUGCCGAGAUGGUCAUGGCCAAGGCCGUUGAGCAGGCCGCUCAGAACACGACGGGCAAGAAGCAGCUGGCCGUCGACUCCUUCGCCUUGGCCUUGAAGCAGCUUCCCACCACCCUCGCCGACAACGCUGGUCUGGACUCCAGCGACCUUGUGACCCGCCUGCGCCAGGCGAUCAACAACGGUAUGACCAGCUCCGGAUUGGACCUGCUCACCCCGGGCGGUGGCAUCGCCGACAUGCGCGAGUUGGGCGUCGUGGAGGCCUACAAGCUGAAGAAGGCUGUGGUCUCUUCCGCGUCGGAAGCAGCCGAGCUUCUUCUACGUGUCGACAACAUCAUCCGGGCGGCACCUCGUAGACGUGACCGGGUUUGAAGCGAGUUGAUGUGAAAAUAAUUUCCAGCGAGGGGUGGAAAGGGGUAAUAAAUAAAACUCGAUAUUUUAUGGUUCCCAUCAGGUUUUGAUUUAGAAUCCCGGAGACCGGGACGAUGUAUGUUUACAUAGCGCGCUUCGAGUUGGA